CAGAGUAUAUGCAUAUUUUCUAAAAAAAAUCCAAGGAAGGCUUGGAAUGGAUAAAAUUGUAGUAAAAGUUUUGAACACUAUACCCCUACAUGAAGCUGCGAAACGGUUGAAUGCUACCGACAUAGCGGCAAAUCUUGAAAAUGGAGGUGAUCCAAAUCUCAAGAAUUCUGCGGGAAAUACGGCGCUUCACGUAGUACUGAAUAAUGAAUUUCAAGGUCAUUUCGACGAGGGUAAGGUGACUGAUUGCGUCACAGUUUUGCUUAGGGGUGGAGCAGAUCACAGAAUUAUAGGACGUCAUAACUUAACCCCGUUGGAACUCGCGAUUAAAAAUAAAUUACAUGCAAGUAUCAAGUUGCUCCUGGAGGAAGGUGCUAGCUGUGUGGGAAGCCUUGUCGCGGAAUUACCAGAAGUUGUCAAGGAUCGAUUGGAUGAAGGAAUUUCAGCGGCGAAAGAUGCAAAGGGUACCGACUGCAUCACCCUUGACUGGAGACCUGUGCUCGGGUACAAUGAGAAUGUAGUGGACAAAAACGAAAAAAACUUGAACAAGAAGAUGCCAUCAGAAAGUAAAUUUCUGUACCAAGUCCUCACCGCAGAUAUGAAGAAUUCUUCAAUCAAGGAAGAAAUUAUAAAUCAUCCGUUAGUGAUGGCUUAUCUGUUUCUGAAAACUGCUAGGGUGCCGAAACGUUACUAUUUUAUUCAGUUGUUCGAGGUCAUUUACAUAAUAUUGAUGGCCGUCUUCAUCUACAUUCUUUACUUCAACCGGUGUCCGAUUCAGCUUGAAGACAAGCUUGACGCCCCUGAAGAAGACGACCCCAGCUCUACUACACCCCCAGAGAUUGAACUAGAAAAAUGCAACAUAAAUGUUGGCACGGUUAUUUUGUGCUAUAUUAUUCUCACUUUCACCCUGGCAUUCGGUCUGAGGGAUGCCUUCUUGCUGUAUCGAGUGGGUGUCCGACACCUUUUGGAGUGGAGAGAUUGGGUGUGGAGAUUGUCACUUUUGGUUAAUUUGCCUGUCCUCUGGCCAGCCGUUGUUACAUCGGACGACUACGAAUUGACCUACAAUUAUCCCUUGUGCAGUAUUGCUAUCCUCCUCCUUUCUUUACACUCUUUGAUUCAAAUGGAAACUUUUAAAUUGCUCUCGGUCUAUGUAGAAAUUCUCGUAACGAGUAUGAUAACCGUAGUGAAAUUGAUGUUGAUGUUCUCCCCGGUGUAUUUAGGAUUCUAUAUGGGAUUCAAUUUAAUGUUCUCCGAUGUAACUCGAGUUUUCACCUAUCUUACCAUGACAGUUGACGCAGGAUCCGAUAACUUUGAAGCAAUUGGGGAUGAAGCUAAACAAAAUUCGUUCAUGUUUGAGCUCAUCUCGAAAGCUUACGUUUUAGCUUUUAUCAUCGUAAUGUGUAUCGGAUUUAUGAAUUACGUUCUUGCCAUGUCGAUUGAUGACGUGCAGAGGUUGAAAAAGGAUGCAAAAAUUUCCCGUGCUGUGCGACAAAUUCGCAAUAUUUUGCAGGUAGAUCAGCGAAGCAGAAGUUUCCGAUUGGUGAAGGGUGAUCCAACAAAAGCGGAAAGCUAUUUCUACACAUACAAACCGGACGCAGACGACCAAGAAUUACCGGAUGAGGUUCGGCUGGAAAUUGUAAUGUUGUUAAAGCGGAAGAGGGACGGCUGAGAAGUUCGAAGCGGAUAUAAUCUAUUACAAAUAUUAAUAACAUUAUUAGCUCACCCUACGUAACAUAGAGAGUUAUAGAAUUUAUCUUGUCCGUUUGGCUGUGAACGAUCUUUUUACAUCAAUAAUAAAAUGCUGCUAAUAAAAUGAUGCUAAUAAAAAAUGCA